AUGGAUGCUUCAUUACCAAGCACAGCCAUAUUGAUCACAAAAUCUAGCCAAGCAAGGCAGAUCAAUCCGAACUUUGUGAUGAUGACAUUGCACUCUUCCUCCUCCACCCUGGUAAAUAUCCAGGCAAAACACAUCCACAUUGUUGGAUCGGAUCGAUACGAUCGGAAGUAUUCACUAAAGCUUACUUCUAAGUUCCUCAGAACGCCCAUAUCCAACUCUCUCCAACCUCCGGUAAAUCAGAGUGUUGCAGCAAUAGUAUUCGGAGACGGAUCGGAAUCGAGGCUAUACCCCUUGAAAAAGAGAAGAUCAGAAGGGGCUAUUCCCAUAGCAUCAAACUACAGACUCAUUGAUGCAGUCGUUAGCAACUGCAUCAACAGCAACAUCAAUAAGAUAUAUGCCAUGACACAAUUCAAUUCCACAUCCCUCAAUUCACACCUGUCAAGGGCCUAUUCCGGCGCAGGUCUCGGGAAAGAAGGGUUCGUCGAAGUGAUUGCAGCGUAUCAGAGCCCCGAAGAUCAGGGUUGGUUUCAGGGAACAGCUGAUGCUAUAAGAAGAUGCCUGUGGGUACUAGAAGAGUACCCGGUGGUGGAAUUUCUGGUCCUUCCCGGCCAUCAUCUCUAUAAAAUGGACUACCAAAAGUUGAUUGAAUCUCACCGGAACAGCAAAUCUGAUAUAACUAUUGUUGCUUCAAAUACUAUGAGAGAUGAAGAUGCAGGUUUUGGUGUACUCAAAAUAAAUGCAGAAAAUCAAGUCAUGCAAUAUGGUUUGAGGUCAGAUAGAGAGCCCCAGAACUCUAAAGUUGCUGAAGCUUUGACUAGAUUGAGUGAAACCAAUUAUAGGUGUAUUCCAAGUAUGGGAAUCUACCUCAUCAACCGAGCUACAAUGGUGAAUCUCCUGAAUCAACAUUUCCCCAAGGCAAAGUACUUUGGGACAGAAGUGAUACGAGGUGCAUUAUCUCUAGGAAUGAAGGUUGACGCAUAUCUGUUUGAAGGGUAUUGGGAGGACAUGAGGAGCAUUGAAGCAUUUUACCAAGCAAAUAUGAAUUGCAUUAAGAUAUCAAACGUGGGAUAUAACUUCUGUGAUCGAGAUUCUCCGGUCUAUACGAUGCCUCGAUAUCUGCCUCCGACGAUCGUAAACAACGCCGUCAUAAUGGAUAGUGUGAUCGGAGAUGGUUGCAUUCUCAACAGGUGCAAGAUCAAAGGUACAGUGGUGGGCAUGAGGACGAAAAUUGGAGAUGGGACAACCAUAAAAGACUCGGUGAUCAUGGGCUCUGAUGUCUAUGAGAUUGAAGAUGACGGAGAGAGCAACACCAACAGUAAGAGCGUCCCGAUUGGAAUCGGUGAGAAUACUGAAAUUAAAAAAGCCAUUGUAGAUAAAAACGCAAGGAUCGGAAAAAACGUUAAGAUAAUCAACAAAGAUAAUGUUGAAGAAGGGGAGAUGGAGGGCAUUGGUUAUAUAAUCAGUGGUAGAAUAAUGGUGGUUCUUAGGAGCGCAGAGAUUCCAGACGGCAGCAUCUUAUAG